CUUGGUAAUCAGAGGCUUUGCUGGUGUUUGGAGGCUCCUCAGGUUGACACAUCUUCACAUGUUGCAGGGAUUUUUUACAUGCAGGGAGAUGGGAUCACAAAGAAAGAGCAGUCUAGAUCUCCAUCUGUUGGGACCACACUGGUUCCUGAGCUCCAUCCUGUUGGCCACUGCUCUGGUCCUCCCGGCUCUGAGUCUGGACAGCCUGCUGUGUUACUACUGUCCUCUGCAGCACAAAGGCAAGUCCUGCCCCAACAUCACCAGCCAGUGUCUGCAUGAUCAGCGCUGUUCCAGCUCCAGAGGCCAUUAUGGCUCCCUCCACAUCCUGUCCGCUCAGGGCUGCGUGGACGCUGAACUCUGUGGCUCUCACAAAAUCAUCUCUUAUCAGGGGGUCAAGUACAACGUCAGCCACACCUGCUGCUGCAAAGACAAAUGCAACAGCCGGCCAAAGUCUGACACCAAACUGAAGACACUGCUGGGAAUGAUCAUAGACAAAAUAUAUCACAUUAACAUCACUAAUGUUCUGAGAGAGGAGCCUUCGGAUUCAUGUGCAAAUUACACAUCAUCAGUGAGCUCCACAUUACCUGCCACUGCAUCAUAACUGCUUGUAGAGGGCUGGGGAGAGGCCUGUUAGCCACAGGCGCUUUCCCAAAUCUCCACGAGGUCGCUAACAUUUGUUCAAAUGUUUGUGAUUUUUGCUAAAUUAUUGUGUGAAUCCGAAACAGAAUGAAUUGUCAGUGUUUUGUGUGAUUACAUUUUAUCUCCAGGGAGUAAAAGGUGGAGUUGUCAGCCAACCUCCUGGUUUAACAGAGUAAAUGCUGACAUUAUCUCUGUGGUAACUGAUGAAUGUAGCAAAAAUAAAAGCACCAUGAUUAAGCCUC